UUCAUUGUUUCUUAAUAUGAUACUAGGGGAGCAAUACCCAGGUGAAUUAUUCUCUUAUCGGGACAACCUCGAUUUACUUUACUUGUUUGUUUAUUUUGUUGUUUUCGUAGUUUCUAAACCCAUCACCGUUUACUAGAUAACAACUUAAGCGAUUGAAGUAGGGGUACAUCGACCGACCCAGGUUGACAAUUAAAACAUACUUGCACUAUAGUGCACCCAGCUAGAGUUUACACUUGGGCUCUAGUCGGGGUUUUAAUUCGCGGUGUAGCCCAUGGUGAUCUAUUCCCUUCGAUGGUGUUUAUUGAUUUAGUUACUAAUGUGGUAUUCUAUGGUGAUGCACAUGUAAUCAUCGAGAUGACUAACGCGGGGGAUAUGUCGCAUGUUCUGAGUGGCGGUCUUCUUUUCAAUCUUUAGGUUAUUUUCGAGCUCUGAGUGAAACUCUUCUCUACAGUGUGUCUUGUUUCACUUCUCAACAUGUAGGUAUAAUAAGACUGCGCAUAUCGUGGAAAAACAAGCUCUCUUAUCGUUGGAUAGUAAUUUGAUCGACCAAUGCUUCUUCCUUAACUCUGUAUUGUGAUUUGGCUUGCAAAUGUUCUGCAUAUACUCGUAUCUUGCUAUUUCAUUCGUGGAUACCUCUGGCAAAAAUUAGUUUUGAAUCCCGUCAGUUGGCCAUAGGACAUUUUUUUUGUUAAUUUAAUUGUGCAUCAUGAUAAUGUUUUUGACACACAUGAAAUCGUUGUAUAUUAUGAUGCUACAAAAUUUAAAAAAUAUUGAUGUAGUUUAGUAACUUUGUAGAAUAAGAAGCGUGUCUUAUGAGUUAUUGUAGUAAUAUGAGCUAAUCAUGCAAGGUUGUAGAGAAUUGAAUGUUUUUAUAUAGGUUAGUAACUCUUUUCAAUAUAAGUUCGGCUCGUGAAUGUGUGAUCGUGGCCAUAUCUUUGAAUUUUUAUUUUAUUUCAACAUAUAUAAAAUGAAUAUCAUUAUGCAGGUCACGAAAAAUUGAUUCUUUAGUGCAAAAAAUAUGAAUUCGGAGUUAAAGGAAAUAAAUAUGAUAGAGUAAGCAUAAUAAGGGAAUUGAAAAAGAGGAGAAAAAGUGUAUUAGGUGGCACAUUCUAACUGAAAAUAUGUUUAUUUUUCUUACCUUUCUAAUUGGCUAAUAUCUUCUUUGUUUUAACAUUAAAUUUUUUUUUCUUGUACAAAUGGAACAAGCUCAUUAUGACAAGGAUAUCAAUUUUGGAUAUAUUUAAAGAAAUAUUAUUUAUACUACCCAUUACCAUUGGUUACACCCUGUUACAGUAUGGUACCACUUUGUUUCACCUUCAUUUUUACUUAAAUUUGAAUACAAGGAAAGAGUUUAUCGAGAUCUAUUGUGAUCUACCAAUUUUUGGAAAAAUAAAGUUUAGUAUAUUCCUACUAUCAUGUAUAUAACCAUUAUACACUAUAAUAUAUUCAUACCAUUAUUAUACACUUUUAUAUUACCAUGAAUCCAUAAUAUAAUAUUGUGUACUAUCAAACAUUACCAUCAUGAUAUAGACUUGUAAUAUAUGUUUCAAUUUUUUUGUUCCAAAUUAUAUCAAAUGAAUCUUAUUUUAAAUACCAUGAAUAAUUUGAUUUUUAGUGAAAAAAAUAAAUUCGGGCUUAAAAUAAAAGAUAUAUAACCCAUAUUUUAAGUUUAACCGGAAAAAGUUAGGUAUUGUGACUUGUUAGCAAGGUUGUCAACCACGGGUCGACCCAUUUUCAUCUUGGCCCGGUGAGAAAAAUUGGCCGUACGUACCCGUCGGGUCGACCACUACAAGGUACCGGGUUGGAGGUCAAAUUGUGUAAUUUUUUCUUUGGUUUGCGAAAUGCGCUGCGAUUUUUCUUUUCGCCAAACUCAAAUUUUGGAAUUCUAAGUUGAACAUUUGAAUAUUGAUGUUGUAUAAGUGUGUGUGAAUUUUCACUAUAUGUUGGAUCUAAGUACGACAUGUUAUGUUGGUGUAAUAUUAUAUGUUAUAACUCAUAUGUUAUAUGAGAUUUGAUAUAAUUUAUCAGGAUAAGUACAAUAUAAUGACUGUUUCCAUAUUUUCGGGCUAAACCGGACUAAAAUGGGUGACCAUUAACCCUUGACCCACUAGUUCGACCAGGUCCGAAUUAGCCCUCGGGUUGACAACCUUGCUUGUUAGGUUACUAAUACGCGCCACCAAGUAAAUGCCAGGGCUCAGCAAAAAGGUUGUCGGGGUAUGGCAAUCUGAAUACUUCAUGUUCUACAGAUUCGACACUACUCCCCACUAGGAUGGCAACAAAACCCGAACCCACGGGUACCCUAUCCGACCCAACCCGGUCAACGUGGGUAAAAUCCGUGUUGAUGGGUUUUGGGUCGGGUUUAGGUUUAGACCCGUUUACUAUUUACCGGAUUGGGUUUGAGUUUAGGUAUACCCGCCCACACCCAUAUAAUUAAUUUUUUCGGUAAUUUAAUAUUCUAAGCAACUAAUCUUCUUUAUGUUAUCGAGACAUGCCUAAUUUUUUUUCUUUAUAAUUAUGUAGAAUGAAGUUGAUAUUAUUGAGUGGAGAGUGAAGAAGCUUAAUUGACAAGGAGGAAGAAGCUUUCAGUUAAUCAUGUUUUUUAUGGAUAAUUUGUGAUUUGCUUCAAUUUUCUUGAGUUUUCUAGAUUGGUGUUGAACAAUUUGUAUGGUUAAUUUGUGAUUUGCUUGAAUUUUCUAAAAUUAUGUUUUAUAUAUGGAUAAUUUGUAUUGAGAGAUUAAUAUUUGAAUUUUAUUUAAAUAGGAACUUGUUAUUGUAAAUAUUUUACGACAAAACCUCAUGGGCACCCAUGAACCGGCGGAUACCCAACGGGUUGGAUUUGAGUUUUCCAAACCCAAUGGGUUUUACCCGGAAUUUUUUUCACGAAUAAACCCAUGGAUUUGAGUUUGGAUUUGGCAAAAGCCGACCCAAUCUAACCCAUUGUCAUCCUUACUCCCACAAACCCAACCUCUUGCCCACAGUGUCCCACUAUGAGUUCCUUGGUUGUUAAAUUACAAGUCCGUUAUUACUUUUCCAUAUGAUAUUUGAUAUAAUUUAUAAUUUAUAUUAUUUGACACAAUAAAAUUAUUUUUUUAUAUAUUCGGUCCAUUAAUCUUUUACACACUUACUCGAUCAGACCAGAUUAAACCGGGCCAAGAUAGGGUGCAUAAUCCAUGGUUAUGCACCCAUCAAUAACCAAAUCUGGAUCCUUUAUUUGGAAAAUGCAGACCUAAUGAAGGAGAAUUAAAGACCAUUUUUAUUUUUUCUAACUUUCUUAAUUGACUCAUAUCUUUUUCGUUUUAACUCGGAUUUUAAUUUUUUUUGCACAGAUGAAACGAUUUCAUCGUGCUCUACAAAAUGAGAUCAAUUUUCAAUAUUUUUUGAGAAAAAAAAUUCUGGCCUCUCGGUACCAACUGCAUACCAUAUGGUAUCUUCUUCGUUUUUAAUUCGUUUUUUAAAAAGUUUGCACAGAAGGGACGAGUUCAUCAUGAUCUAUUGGAUCUACAAAUUUCUGGGUGAACAAAUUACAAGACCAAAAAAUACCACACAAUACCAUACAAUACCACCCUGGUACGGGGUGGUAUUGUGUGGUAUACAAUGUUAAAAGUCGUAAAUGACAAUUAAUAUACUUCUACUAUCAUGUAUUCAACCAUCCUACAGUCUUGGUUUGUUCAUACCACCAUGAUACGUUUUUCAAACAAUAGGUAUAUUUCAAUACCAGUCAAUACCAUAUGGUAUAGACUGGUAAAAAAUGGCUCAAAUUUUUUUGUUCGAAAAAUAUAUUAAAGUGGAUAUCAUUUUGAAGAGCACAAUUAAUAUGAUCUAACUGUGCAAAAAAAAAAAAAAUUUCGACCUAAAAUGAGUGAGAAAUCGUCCGUCAAAGAUUAAAGAGGGGAAAAUUAAAGGCUUUCCAGGAGAGAGAGAGGAUGUUGAUGUCAUGCUGAAGUGGACGGGUUACUCAUGGUUACUCACCAUAAGGUUACUCACCUGAUCCAUUCCCGAUUAAACCGGUUGACAACUUGAUUGCGUUUAUAUUCCCUCCGUCUCGGGAGCAGAUCCGGUGAGUAACCUUGUGGUGAGUAACCAUGAGUAACCCGUCCACAUCAGCAUGACAUCAGCAUCCUCUCUCUCCUGGAAAGCCUUUAAUUUUUCCCUCUUUAAUCUUUGACAGACGAUUUCUCACUCAUUUUAAGUCGAAUUUUUUUUUGCACAGUUAGAUCAGAUUAAUUGUGCUCUUGAAAAUGAUAUCCACUUUAAUAUAUUUUCGAACAAAAAAUAUUGAGCCAUUUUUUACCAGUCUAUACCAUAUGGUAUUGACUGGUAUUGAAAUAAAAGCAUACCUAUGGUUUGAAAAAAAUAGCAUGGUGGUGUGAACAAACCAAGACUGUAGGAUGGUUGAAUACAUGAUAGUAGAAAUAUAUUAAUUGUCAUUUACGACUUUUAACAUUGUAUACCACAAGAUACCACCUCGUACCAGGGUGGUAUUGUAUGGUAUUGUGUGGUAUUUUUUGGCCAUGUAGUUUGUUUACCCAUAAAUUUGUAGAUCCAAUAGAUCAUGAUGAACUCGUCCCUUCUGUGCAAACGUUUUCAAAAACGAAUUAAAAACGAAGUAGAUACCAUACAAUACCACCCUGGUACAAGGUGGUAUUGUAUGGUAUUGUGUGGUAUUUUUUGGUCCUGUAAUUUGUUCACCUAGAAAUUUGUAGAUCCAAUAGAUCAUGAUGAACUCGUCCCUUCUGUGCAAACGUUUUCAAAAACGAAUUAAAAAUGAAGAAAAUACCAUAUGGUAUGCAGUUGGUACCGAGAGGCCAUAAUUUUUUGUUCUAAAAAAAUAUUUAAAUUUUAUCUUAUUUUGUAGAGCACGAUGAACUCGUUCCACCUGUGCAAAAAAAAUUAAAAUCCGAGUUAAAACGAAAAAGAUAUGAACCGAUUAAGAAAGCUAGAGAAAAUAAAAAUAAUUUUAAUUCUCCAUCCUUAGAUCUGAAUUUUCUAAAUAACGGGUUCAGAUUUGGUUAUUGAUAUGCACCCUAUCUUGAACCAUCCGUCUCUCUCUCUUAGUUACUUACCCCCUUCGGCCUUUCCCCUUUCCUGCAAAUAACCAUGUAAACAAAUCGCUUCUUCUCCCACCUCGGAAAGACGGGAACUCUUCUUCUCGACUCAAUCCAGUCGCAUCCAUGUCCAUUUCCCUUUCCUUCAACCCCUAAACCAGAAGCUACCCCUUUCUCUGACUCUCUCCAUCGAAACCCCUUCCCUCGAAACCAUUUCCCCCUGCAAAUCAUGCUAUCCGCUUCUGCCCAUCUCAUCUAUUUCCCAAUCUCUACCCCUCUCUCUCGCAGAUAUACCCUCGUCGGUGCUAACCACACCUCCGCUCGCUUCUGCUCCCGGUAGCAAUUUUGGGGUUCCGAUUUCCUCCACCCCCCCCCCCCCCCCCCCCCCCCCCCCCCCCCCCCCCCCCCCCCCCCCCCACUCUUCAAAAUCACCCAAUUCCUUCAUGGAGCUCGGUGCCGGGAAGCCCAGCUUUCUGAGGAACAUUCUAGCGCGGGUGCUUCUCCUCGGUGUCUUGCUCAUCGUCGUCCGUUUCUCCUAUGUCGUCACUAUCGCAGGAGAGUCCUGCAACGUCGGCAACUUCUGCUUCUUCUCCCUGCCGGACAACUUCAAUUUCGUCGCCGGGACUGGAGUCGCGAACAAAGCCGUCCGAUCCCAGCCGGCUCGACUGUCGAAGAGUGAUCUUUACACCAGCAAGCACUGGAUAAAGUCCGUCCACUUGUACUCCUCCAUCUUCCAAGAUCUGAUCUCCGAAGGAUUCCUCUCCCCCGACUCCAAGUCCCUCUGCCUCGAGACGCCGCUGGGCCAGGACGUCUUCGCUCUCAAAGAGAUUGGCGUUUCCGAUGCCGUCGGGAUUUACAAGAAGGCGUCCAAGCCGCUGGUGAUUGCCGCAAAGUUGAACCGCAUUCCGUUCCACGACGACACAUUCGACUUCGUUUUCUGUGGCGGAGGUCGAUUCGACGGGGUGUCCCGGCCUCUUGAUUUCGCAUCGGAGAUUUCCCGGACGCUGAAACCCCAAGGGUUCGCGGUGGUCCAUGUCAGGGCGAAAGAUACGUAUAGUUUCGAUUCUUUUCUUGAUUUAUUCAAUUCUUGUAAAUUGAUCCGGUCUCGCGAUGUCGACGGCUACGAUUCGUCGAUGCCGUACAUUCGAGAGAUCGUUCUCCAAAAACACAGUCACAUUCUUGGGAAAUCCCCUGCCGGCGGCGGUUCGGGAAAUAAGUGCUCAAUUCCAGGGCACAAACUGGAGUUGGUCCAUGAUGCGGAGCCUCUAAUCAAACAGGAGCCAUUGAAGCCAUGGAUUACACUGAAGAGGAAUAUAAACAAUAUAAAGUAUUUACCAGCAAUGGCUGAUAUAAGCUUCAAGAAUAGAUACGUGUAUGUAGAUGUUGGGGCAAGGAGCUAUGGUUCUAGCAUUGGAAGCUGGUUUAAGAAGCAGUACCCAAAACAGAACAAGACUUUCGAAGUGUAUGCAGUUGAAGCUGACAAGACUUUCCAUGAACAGUAUAAGCUGAAGAAAGGUGUCACUUUGUUGCCUUAUGCUGCUUGGGUGAAGAAUGAAACUCUUUCGUUUGAAAUCCAUCGGGAUCCUGGGGAGCAGGUUUCGGAUAAAGGAAGAGGGAUGGGAAGGAUUCAGCCUGUGAAAUCAUCUUCCUCUGGUGGGGGAUUCGAUGGUGUGGUUGAUGAAAUUGAAGGGUUUGAUUUCGCACAGUGGUUGAAGAGGACAGUGACUGAAAAGGAUUUUGUAGUGAUGAAGAUGGAUGUGGAAGGGACCGAGUUUGACUUGAUUCCGAGGCUGUUCAAAACCGGAGCAAUUUGUUUGAUUGAUGAACUGUUUCUUGAGUGCCAUUACAAUAGGUGGCAAAAAUGUUGUCCUGGAGUGAGGAGUCCCAAAUAUGAGAAGACGUAUGAGCAAUGCUUGGAUCUGUUCACUUCUCUCAGAGAAAGCGGAGUUCUUGUUCACCAAUGGUGGUGACAAAUUGGGUAACAUUUCAAUGCCUAACCCCUUUCGUUUCGAUCUUUUUGCUGCCUCAAAUGCUUCAGUCAUCACAGUAGCUAAAAAUGUACUAGGGCUUAGUAGUAUUAGUAUCCUAUUCUUUCUUCUUUCCACACUAUAUCUGUAAGUUUCAGCAGCAAAUGAGAGUUCUCAAGUUCUGACUUCAUUCAUAACUCUUCUCUUGUUGGAUUGUGAUGUGUGGGAAUCUGUUGUAGCAUUUUGGUUUGUUAAUGUGUAUAGAAAGAUGAACUGAUUUUACAAUGCAUGCCUUCUUACAAAAAAUAGUUGGGAUGAGAUUGCUGUGAGGUACUUCUGGUCUCUGGAUUUGGAAAGGACGAAACAGCAUUAGUUGGCAUGCUAGUUCAAUAUGGUAUAUUGACGAGUCUGCUCUCUUAAGUUGUGGUGGAAUGCAUAGUGUUUGGAAGAAAUCAUUUUGAAGGUGAUUGCAUCGCUUUUUUACUACACUGCACGUGUAGUGUCAACUUCUUGAGUAUUGAACUGUAAUUUUUUGCUUGACAAAGAAAGGCCAAACUGGUACAGAAUGAUCGAUUGCAAUUUGCAGAAGCAUUUUUUCAUUCAUUUAUUCACAGAACUAUUAUUAAAAGUGGGCCUUUCUUCCAUUUCUGAUGUCUUAAAUGUGAUCAGGCUUAUUGGUGAAUGAUUUUAAAUGGAUAUUAGGAUAUUUUGGUUAAUGUUGAGUAGGGAUUCAACCAUCUUAUUAUGUAUGUGGAAAUCUGGGCAUACAAACAACAUACUUUAACAUUGAAUCAUAGUUGGAGUUCCAAAACAGAUUAGAAGGGUGAAUACCUCACCCGAGUAUCUCUCUCCCAGAGAUUGUAGUGCAUUUGCGUGCAUGAUGAAAUUGAUAGUUUUGGAAGCUAUAAAUGAAAUUUUGAAUUAAUUAUACGGUUUUCGAAUUAUUGCAUGCAGAAGUUAUUGGAUAAUGACAAGUGAAAGUUGGACACAGGUCGAGGUAGGAGAUUUUGAGCUUCAAAAAGAAUAAGUAAACACACAAACACACACACAUUCUCGCUUGAUGCGAGGUUAUUACACAUAACAAUAUUCAACAUCACGAUUAAAAGAAGAAGAAAAACUCACAAUAGUACUUGUUCACACACAAAAGAAAAAAAAGAAGAACAAUAACAAAGUUCAGAGUUUCAAUUGGAGAAGUGAAAUGAAAGAAAUCGGCUAUGUCACGUGUCUCACUUGUCGAAUACCUCUCUCAAGUCGUGGAUGGGUGCUCCUCGUCUUUGGACAAGACUCCCUGAUGUCGAGCUAUCCGCUCCAGCAAAGUGUUGGAUCUAUCCAACUGUGUGGAGACCCCUGAGUACUGCUCCUUGAGGCGAGUGACUCGAUCCUCGAGGUGGACUGCGGAUGAGAAAGGACCGGCUCUGGCCAAUGAUGAUGAUGGUGGUGGCAGUGUAGGCUCCUAACGGCGACGCUGGUGUUGCUAGGCAGUCGGCUGCUGUGGAGGUAGUAGCUCUGGUGUUGUGAAGAGACCCUUAAUGUAUCGAUAGGGUUCGCAAACUUGGAGCAAAUGCAUGGACUCCAAAGUAUCCUCCUUCAACCUUGUAGUACACCCUUCUUUCAUGCAACACUUGAGAUCAACAUUGAAAUGCCGGGCAAUUCUGUUGAUGUACAGUCACAGAUGCAUGGUAGUGUUCUGGCGGUUACCCGUAGCUUUGGCAAAGGAUGUGGCAAAGACAAACCCAAGGUGAAGGUGACGACUUGAGUCCUCCAUGGAAGAGAAAUCGAAAAGAGCUCUCUUGGUGAUCUUGUUUGCCGACAUAGACGAUGGGUAUAUGGAAUGGGAGAGAAGUGCGUUGAUGAUACACCGUUGGGGCUUGAGGGUGGUCGUCGUUGCAUGUACCGCAUCAAAUUGGGCUCACCGGUUCUUCAGGAGGCAGAACUUCAUGAAAGCGGCACGAGACUUAAAGCUUUGGAUGGAAUCCACUUCCAGAAUGGCCUCCUAGUCCCCAUCACUCCCUAUAGCUUACGCAAGCUCAUGAAAACUCAAACUCCGAGCCGAGCCGCCUAGACAGAAACAAAUGUAUGGCUUCUGAUUCCUAGUUGAAUCUUUUUCCUUAUAGAUGAAGAAUGUACAAAAAAAUUCAACACAAAGUUUGGCGAAAAUGUCGUCCUCAAUGGCAAGGAAUCGGCGCCAUUGGGGAUGUGCCACAGCUUCACUCAUUGCAUCCCCAUAGUUCAAGGCGUCAAACUAGUGUAAUUCAUGCCGCCAUGAGACCUAGUUGGGGCCUUGCUCCAUAAUCUUAGGCCUCCUUAACAUUUAGGCAACCUCAAGAUUGCCGCAAGGUACGGGUGAUUUGGAUCAACCAUCCUGCAGAACAUCAAAAGCCAUACACCAUACGUGGAAACAUUUGUUAAUCUCUAAUCAUCGGGGAGAGAAGGACUCCCCAAACUUAGGAUUCCACUAUGACUGUACACCUUCAAGGCUUUUCACAAGAUCGGUUCUCCAACAAUUUAUCUCAUUUCCACACAAGACACAUCGAGGCAUGGUUAUAGGCAAUUCAAAGUUCAUCAAGGUUGUAAUUUCGAACCUAAACAAUGCCUCGAUGGCCACUAACUAUCAUGCAUCAAAUUGGAUCAAACAUUCAUUCGCAUAUUGCACUUGGUGGACAUUUUCCAAUUCAAACACAAUUCAUAUAAAAUCUUGCCCACCAAGGCUCAAUCAAGUCUACAAUCACUUUAUGCAUCAUUCAAUUAACAAAAAUCGACUAACCUCUCACCUAAUUUCAACAUCCAUUCAUUCAAUCACAAAAUCCCCUCACCUAAGAACCCUAAUCUGAUACUCAAAAAUUAACAAGGUGAAAGUCCAAAACACACCUGGAGACUCAAGUAGGAUCGAAGGGGAAGGUGAUGAGACGGGGAGGGAUUCGAAAAACAGGUCGGCGAGGGAUUCGAAAAACAAUGCCUCGAUGGCCACUAACUAUCAUGCAUCAAAUUGGAUUAAACAUUCAUUCGCAUA